UUGAUGCUGUAUGACUUUUCCUAUUUUUUUUAAAGACAACUUCUUAUUAAUCGGAUUUUAAACUAAUGACGUAUGUCGGACGUUCAUUCCAGAAAAUUAUCCCUUGACAGUUUUGUUAGGUUACAGUGGCCAUGUGUGAUUGGUGUUGACAGAAUUUUUUUAUGCAUCUCUACCCUUGCCAUAUGACAAAUACUUCUAUAUGUGUGAAUAAAGGUCCAUUCUUCAGAGCAUGGCUCAGCCCUUAUGGCCGUACCAGGCCUGGCUGCUCCUCGCCCAGGAGGUAAUAUCCACUCCGGGAUUAAGCACCUUUGACCUGCAGCGCUGUCAACAAUAAGCCGCUCAGUUUUAGAUGCCACUGCGGUCAAAUCCACCAGCAGCAACCGGUUUGUCACAUGACUAUAGUGCUGAGCUGCCUGUCUGUGUGUCUGUGGCUUUUGUUUCCGUGUUCACCGAGGUAGUGUAGAGCUGAAUGACUUUACUGCCGCUGUGCGUCUUCCUUUCACCGCGUCGCCGUGCGGGGAUCUGUCGGGCGGGCGGAGACUCACGCAAUCGCAUCGCCUGGACCCACGCUGUCUCAGGACCAUGCUCACGCGGGUGAAAUCGGCGGUGGCCAAUUUUAUGGGAGGCAUGAUGGCUGGCGGCUCCAACGGAGACCACCCUGGCGGCUCGGAUCUGCCGCUGAAAUUCCCGUACAGCAGACCGGAGUUCCUAGGACUGUCGCCGGAUGAAAUCGAGUGCUCGGCGGAUCAUAUUGCGAGACCGAUCCUCAUAUUGAAGGAGACCAAACGUCUGCCGUGGUCCACCGGCUAUGCAGAGGUGAUCAAUGCAGGAAAGAGUACAUUAAAUGAGGACCAGGCCUGCUGUGAGGUGCUGGUCAUCAAAAGGAGACAUGCAGGAGCCACCACACCCAACCGGACCCCGAUGACUCACAGGAGGUCUUCCCUCCCUAAUGGAGAGGGCCUAGGUCUCCGGGAGAACCUGGACAGCUCAGAAGACCUACCCUUCCACUACUGGGCGUUGUUUGAUGGCCACGCUGGCUCUGGAGCAGCUGUUGUUGCCUCCCGGCUUCUCCACCAUCACAUUGCCCUGCACCUUCAGGAGGUGUUGGAAAUCCUGUGCACUCCAAACCUGUUGCCACCCACAUGCUUGGGUGAGGAACCUAUCAAUCACCACCUCACCCCGACAUCCCAACGUGCCCUUACCAGGGCUGCCUCGCUCCGGGGCGCUGCAGGGGCUCCGGGUUCACCCAACACCCCGCCCACACGCUUUUUUACUGAGAAGAAAGUUUCACAUGAGAGCCUGGUGAUGGGAGCCAUUGAGAAUGCCUUCAAAGAAAUGGACAUACAGAUAGAAAAGGAGAAGGCAGUCUACAACAUCUCAGGUGGCUGCACUGCUUUGGUGGCGGUGUAUUUACUUGGAAAGCUCUAUGUUGGAAAUGCUGGGGACAGCAGAGCUAUCAUUAUCAGGGCCGGCGAAGUCAUCCCCAUGUCAGCAGAGUUCACCCCGGAGUCGGAGAGACAGCGACUGCAGUUCCUGGCCUACAUGCAGCCCCACUUAUUAGGGAAUGAGUUUACACAUCUGGAGUUCCCAAGGAGAGUGCAGAGGAAGGAGGUGGGGAAGAGGAUGCUGUACCGUGACUUCACCAUGUCUGGAUGGGCGUAUAAAACCAUUGAGGAUGAUGACCUAAAGUUUCCCCUGAUCUACGGCGAAGGGAAGAAGGCUCGUGUGUUGGCGACCAUCGGAGUCACAAGAGGUCUUGGGGACCACAAUCUAAAAGUGCAUGACUCCAACAUCUACAUUAAGCCCUUCCUGUCCUGCUGCCCAGAGGUCAAAGUUUACCCACUGGCGCAGUACGAUCAUGGAGCCGAUGAUGUUCUGGUGCUGGGAACUGACGGUCUGUGGGAUGUUCUCUCCAACCAGGAAGUAGCAGAAGCGGUCACCUGUUUCCUGACAAACUGCGACCCCGAUGACCAGCACAGGUACACUAUGGCAGCUCAAGACCUUGUGAUGAGAGCACGAGGGGUGCUGAAGGAUCGAGGCUGGAGGAUAUCCAAUGACAGACUGGGCUCCGGAGACGACAUCUCGGUCUACAUCAUUCCUCUCAUGUACGGCAACAAGCAGAAUUAGCCAAGCAAUGAAACAGCAACCACCACUGAAAUAUAAUAUAGCCUUGACCUCCCAACUUCUUUUCUGCAGUUCCCCUCAUUCCCUGUCCUCUUUUUAACGUGCUUUAACGUGGACUGCCUCGAUUGCUGAGGGACUGAAGAUGGUUCUGCUCAGAUAUGGGUUUUCUGUCUAGGCUGUUUAUCCCUUGAUCAUCUGGGAAUGAUCUUAUUCCUUCUCUUUGUCUGGUUCUUUUUAUAAAAAAAAAAUACUACUCAAAAAACUGAAUUAUGAAAAGCCAAACUCCUGACUUUUCUUCCUGUAGUUUUGGAAUUCUGUAUUUCACCGAGGAAGUCAUCAUGGACCUCAUGGAGGAAUGCGAAGGCUGAGACACUCUUGUGGAUGAGCUGGUAAUACGCAUCUCAGGAUUGCUGUUUCUAACUAUUGCACAAUAUAUUUAUAAAUGUGAAAAUGUAAAUAUUCCAAGGUGUAACACAUUUGACAAAUGUGUUUUGUUGACCACUUGUAUAGUGUAAAAAAAAAAAAACUUGAAGACUGAUGUCCUGUGCAUAUGAAUCAUACCUCCUCUGCAGGCUUUUAAUAUAGCCAGGUCCAGUCGUCCGCAAUUGUUAGUCUGUUGUCAAAAGGAAAAAACAAAAACAAAAAAACCCCAACUUGGAAGCCUUUCCUAGAUCAUACAUCGUCAGCUGAUUCUCCUAAUGGUGCAGUUGAUAUUUCUGUUCAUGUAUAUGCCUUGUGAUGCCAUACAGUUGUCAUUAGGAAAACUGCUUUCUUUUAAAAUGAAGAAGCAUUUAUGAAUAAUAUACUAACAGGAAGAGUCACCUUCAUGACUCUGGUGUCAGCUAAAUGUGAUCCUGCUCACAGUAUGUCAUCAUACUAGCCAAUUAAUUAAACAUUACAUUGUUUUGUUGCUUUCAUUCAUCAUGUUUUUCUGUUUAAGACUCAUUUCCACUUUGUGUUUGCUACUGUACACGGUGCGCCUGCAUCACCAGCUGCUACAGUAUAUGUGGUAUUAUUUAGUUACCUUCUCAUUUUUUGCUUCUGUACCUGCACAAUAUUUUUUGCUUCAGAUAAGCACUUCACGUUACCUUCUCUCAGUGUUACUUGGAUAUACUGCCCCUGUUAAGAUACUCAUCCUUAUGGGUGCAGGUGCCUAAACAGUGAGAAUUGAGGAGGCAGACAAUUAAAUAUACCAGUUACUUUACAAUCAUUAUUGUUCCUAGAUCCAUUGGUUUUCCACGUUUUCGUUUUAGUUCUAUUAGUGCAUAAAUAUAAUAACUGCUGUACAAGUGACUGAAGCUGGUGAAACAUGGAAGAGAGCAACUUAAAUGUAAAUAAAAUGUUCCUUUUCUUUUAGUGUAAGUGAUAUACAUCUAGCUGAAACAAAACCCAUGUACUUUGUACUCUUUUGGAAAUCUAGCAACAGUGUAAAAUGGUUUAAAUUCUCAGUUUUCUGCUCUAUUAAAGACUUGACC